GCUUCUUUUUGAGUUGCACACUCUUCUUCACCUCUAAUUCUAAUCCCACACGUUCAUUUCCUUAGCCAAAAGAGCUAGGGAAACAAAGAUCCUCCAGCUCCAAGUUAGUUUAAAGAUGGGUUUUGUGAGAGUUUCAUGGUUGGUUCUGCUUUCACUUUCCUUGACUUUAAACAUGGCUACAUGCAGCAAGCUGCUUGAGAAAUGCUCAGAAGAUAGUGAUUGUGAUGCUGGACUGUAUUGUUUCUCUUGUCCUCAAGGCUUCCGUGGCAAGAAAUGUGUGAGAUCUUCUCCUACUAACCCCUUCAAACUCCUGAUGGAGAUGAUGGGAUGAAAAAAGGAAGCUGCUCAAACCGAGAGGAGUCCUCGUCACUUAAUGACAAGAGCAAAUCACUGGUUCUGGUUAAUUACUUUAGGUCUGUAUCAGUCAAACUAUUAGCAUGUGGGCAGAACUCUAAAAACUUGAUUGACAUGCUUCAAACUUGUUAUGGUGCUGCUGGAAAUCGAUGGGCCAACUUUGUUACAGUUGAUUAUUACAAGAGAAGUGAAGGAGGAGGAGCAUUUCAAGCUGUAGACAGACUGAAUGGGGAACUACUAUGUGGCUGCAAUAGUGUGCAGGCUUGCAAGGAUGGAUCAAGUACAUGUACCCGCAGAGGAGGGUGAUGCUACGACACUACUUUGUUAUAAAGGCUUCAAAAAUAUUUGCAGCCCAUACUUUGAAAUGCAACCCCUUUCCAGGCUUAACUUCCUUAUAGAUUUGAGAUUCUGCACUAAAACUUCUGCUGUUUGCCAAUUCAAGUCAAGCCAGCCUAGAUUUAUGUAGCCAAGAUUUUUACAAUUUUUUCCAAUUUCUUCGACAAUUCUAGGGAGAUGCAAAUGUGGUGGUAUAUUGACUAGUGGUGCAUAACACAUUGUCUCGAUGCCCCUCCAGCAUCGCAUGGCUCUCGACAUCCCUUUACCUGUAAUGUGUUGCGCGCAAGGGAGAUAAAGAAAUUUGAGUUUUGGACACCUGCAAAUAUGUUGAGGUGAGCAAUACAGACUUCAGGAAUCAUCAAUCAGGAGGUACUUGUAUUUGUAAUGCUUAUGAUAACAGUAAAGAGUUCCCAGAAAUAAUGUCAUGCUGAAAAUUUUUCAGUUGCAGUAGCCAGUAGGUAGCCUGGCUGAGACGCAUGCAGUUAGCAGGGUUAUAUAAUGUAAACAAACCAUAGUAAAAUGGUUUGCAAAUAUUUGAAUAGACCACUGAAAAAGCUGAGAUUAAGAAAAUUAAAUGUUUGAAAAGACCAUCGGAUGUUUUAU